UCGUUUGGUUGUUUGUGCACAAAACAUAAUACAAUGGCUGUCGUGUCAGUUGUCGUAGAAAUCGUACGCAGUUUGCUACUUUUAGUAAAAAAAUUCUUUAAAAUUUUGCCGUGUCGUGCAGUGAAAUGUUAUAAAAUUUGUUUUCCAAAUACGAAAAUCAAUUGUGCUUUAAUUUAUUAUGGAUAAUCAUGGCUAUGGUGGCAUACAGUGGAUACAACACCACUCGAGUAAUCACUCCUCCCAUGCCGGAGAUAUGAAAACUGCUGGUCAGUUGAUGAUAGAUCCUCAGCCGCCACGUGAAGAGGAUCUUAUGGCCAGUGCAAAUUCAUCGUCGGACUAUAUGGCCACAGAGGAUGAAGCCGAUUCGGCAACUAUAGCCCAAAUUGCAGCUGAAAAUCUAAUUUUUAUGGCUCGCGAUGGUCAAAUGAUGACGGAAAUAAUAACAAAUUCUACGACCGAUGCAAAUGGAACUGUGGUUGUGACUGCCAGCGACGGCGAACAGAUUGACUGCGAUGCCAUUAUGGAACAAGCUGCCUUAAUACAACAACACGAAGAUGCUGGUGGUGGAGUUUAUAGUGUGGAGCAUUUUAGCGAGAAUACACCGCAAAUGGUGACGGAAGAGGUCAUCACCGAUGAUUGGGUGCAACAUCAAGGGGAAGAAAGAGUUGAAAUACCCGCCGAACAAAUUAUUGGCUCAAGUUCCCAAGUGCUGCUGGACAUUGAAGUGCCCCUGCCAACCGUACAAGAUGAAUACACUGCCCUGCGACCAUACCCCUGUGACUUUUGUAGUCGGCGAUUUCGCAAAAAAGCCAGUCUAAUGAAUCAUAUGGUGGCUCAUCAAACGGAUCGGCCACAUUUGUGUAAAUUAUGUGGAGCCAGAUUUCUAAGGCGACAAGAUCUCAUAAAUCAUUUAAAAGGGCAUGCAGAAGAGCCCACAGAACCACAAAUGGAUGAUAGUGAUUUCAUACAUUUUGUUACCGACACCACUUCCUCCUCACAACGUACUUCCAACGAUCAUUACUAUGAACAGGAUUGGAGUGUACCCGAAGAUUCGGUAACCAUACCAACAAAAUCUAGUCGUAAACAUCAACAACAACCGCAACAACUGCAACAUAUUACCUCCAUUUCUAAUCAACAAAUCAUGAUGGAAAAUACUAUAACCUCAUCAUCCCCCCAAGAUGUGCUAACUACUACACAAACUACCACAGCACCGCCUAGGGGACGUAUAAGUCGUCUCAAGCCUAAAGAGGACACCUCUUAUGUGGUCGAAGUACCCAAUAAUUGUUCAUCAAGUGAAAUGAUUAUCUCCUCGGCUUAUAGCAUUGUAGAAUGUGAUACUUUGUCUGCCAGUACGGCAGCCGUUAAACUUUCUCAGGACAAUACACCCGCUCUGCAUGAAAAUGAUGAAGAACAUAAUGUGCUACACUAUCCCGUUAUAGAUGAUAGCAAACCAUUUGUUUGUCAAGAAUGUGGUUUGGCAUUUUCCAGGGAAAAAGCCAUGCUCUCACAUACCAAGACCCAUCGUAAUGAUUCUCCCUUUGAGUGCCCCCAAUGCAAUGAAUUGUUUUGGGAUCAAAAUAGUUUACAGGAUCAUCAAAAAACUCAUCAGUUUGAAGAAAGCAAUUCGGAAUAUGAUCCCAAUGAAGGCGAGGAUGAAACACAAACCGAAUCAGAGUCCGAACAACAAUUAUAUGGUGAAUUUUAUUGCAGCGAAUGUGGCAUGUCGUUUCAUCGCCAGGAUCUUUUAAAAAGGCAUUCUAAAAGUCAUCCCGCUGGUAAUGUGACUAUGGGUCAAUCUGCACACAAUGGCAUGGAGAGCAGAGAUCAACAUUGUUGUAAUACUUGUGGAGAAACAUUUGCCGAGGCUUUAGAUCUGUUGGCGCAUGCUGAAAUACAUGCACGUUACCCGCCCUUUAAAUGUGUUUUAUGCGGUGAAUCUUUUUUCGAGGAAACCACCAUCAAAAAACACCUACAGUCUCAGCAUCCCAAUGAAAUCACCGAGAACUCUUGCAUCUUGUGUGGCAAAGAGUGUCGAGAUCGCAAAGCCUUAAUGAAACAUGCCUGGGAUCAUUCGCGAGAAAAAUGCCACUCUUGUUCGAAAUGUGGUAAAAAUUUCCAUAACAAGGCACGCCUUAAACGUCAUAUGGCCUCACAUCGUGACAAGUCCGUACAAUGUGAUGUAUGUCACGAAGAAUUUCCCGAUGGUCGCACUUUAUCCAAUCACCGCCACUCGCACAGUGCCACUUCGGCGGGUAAACUAUUCCCCUGUCUAGAAUGUGGUAAAACCUUUGGAUCACGGAGUUCCCAACAGAUACAUGUACGCAUUCACACUGGCGAACGACCCUAUGGUUGUCGUUUUUGUUGGAAAGCAUUUGCCGAUGGUGGUACGCUACGAAAGCAUGAACGUAUUCACACAGGAGAGAAGCCAUAUGCUUGCUCAGUGUGUCCGCGUGCCUUCAAUCAACGUGUUGUGUUGCGCGAGCAUAUACGUUCGCAUCAUUCGGGUUUGGAUGCCAAAAGAGGCACUUAUUAUUGUACGGUCUGUGGUGCUGAGUUGUAUUCGUCGGGAGAUUUGAUACAACAUUUAAUACAACACAGUGAUAUGAACACAGCAAUGCAAAGGCAACCAGUGACUGGUCCUCGGAAAUAUAAACGUAGACGCAAAUUGAAACCUCAUGAACUGGCACGACUGAAACGUGAAGUCAAACAUAAUGGUGGCACUGGAAGUGACAUUGAUUUAUCCGACUUUGAUAUAGACAAUGUAGACGAUUUGCUGGCAAUGACAACCGACAGCAAUACGGCCACUGAAACUGUAGCAACGGUCCAUGAACCGUCAAUCUCCCAACCAGGAAAGACAAGCAAACGAAAGAACGUCUCAGCCACUCUAAACACUGAAAGCAAUAAUACUAAUAAAAGUAAAGCAACCAUUAACAAAAAUAACAAAUCACAUAUUUUAGAAGAUCAAGAAGAUUACGAUUUAGAUGUGGGUAUAGAUGAUGAUGAGCUUAAAAAACAACGUUACAACUCUACAAGUAGUGAUAAAAUUUGGCCCACAAAACAAACCGAUGACACCUAUAAAUCCCUGUUAUCGAAUUUGGAGACAACUCUUCAAAGUAUAGACACUUUAGUAGUGGGUCCAUCAACAAAAUCCUCCCAUACCAUAGAAAAUAACAUGCUGGAAACACAGCAGCGUCAGACAAAGCGUAAAAUUAAACAAGAGUCCACCUCGACGGCUCAGAGAACACAACAGGUGCAACUAACAAGAGCAGACAAAGAUCCAUCUACUGCCACAAAUGGCAGAGGUCGUAAAAGUAAAACCGCCACCAAACAAACCAAAGGACCACAAAUGAUACAUACAGAAAAAUCAACUACAACCACAACUGACAAUGGUGGCGGUUCGGGAACAGGCAAAAAGAAAUCUAAAUCCAUUAUAACAAGAACACAAACCACAGCUAUAGAUUUACUGCCUAAAACUUCGGCCAUAGUGGAUGAUUACGACAUUAUAUCGCCCGCCUUGCAACCGCCCAAACAAAUUAGCUCUAGUCCUUUGCAUAUAAAACAGGAACAAGAUAAUCACAAACACAACUAUCACCAUCACCACCAUCCACAGCAGCAUCAUUUAAUGAAAAAUCCUCCAAAUACAAAUCACACCACUUCUGCCCGUACCCAGUCAACGACCCGCCACACAAACGCUACUGAUCUCUAUGAUGCUCACUUAUUGCUAGAGGCUUCGUGUCUGCGCAGCGAAUUAGAUGAGAUUCUAAGAUCACCCUCAAAGUCGUCCAACAAAUCAAGGCAACGUUUUACCAGUGAAUCCUCUACACAAUUUUUAGCUGAACAAUCAGAAGAAGAACAACAUUUGAUAAAAAUUGAACCCACAUCGCCUGAUCUAAGGGAAAUUGUUAAUGGUGCUAGUUCGGUUAAUACUAGUGCAGCACAAGGAGACCUGGAACUGGAAGUUGUAUCCACUAAAAGUUGUAGAUCUAAAUCUUCCAGAUCUCAAAGAGCGGUAAAUUCAAAUCGUAAAUAUUUAGAAUUUACCGGUGAUAUAAGCCCUACUGAGACCUCCAAUUUAAACAAAAGAGCCGCCUCAUCACUCUCAACAAAGUCUUCAAAAUCUGCCCGCACCGAACCAGACAAAUCGGUGCAAAAUUCUACAACUUCAUAUUUAGAUUACACCAUGGUGGAUACAUUUAAUACGGUUACAAGUUCCUCGGCGAAUAAUAACAAUUCAUUUGCUUCUAUCUCGGCAGUGGUUUCAGCAGCCGAUGCUUCGGCAGCGGCUCAACAAAACUCCUCUGCAGCUGCUGUGCGUAAACCUCAACGUUAUUUUGAAUGUGAAAUGUGCAGCGCCAUAUUUUCAGAUCGUGCUCAGCUAUUGGAUCAUGUGCCCAUACAUAUUUAAUUAAACGCUUUUAUAUUAAUCCUUGCAUACUACAAAAACAAUCAUAAAUGCCACUAACGUAAAGUAAACUCUAUUCUCUUAGCGUAUCUAUAAUAAUCAAUCAGUCAAUCGUUCAAUAACCUACCACCACCAUAGUGCCAACAAUUAUUUUGUGUUCAACUGAAAUAAUUUUUCUUCCUUCAAAAUGAGUUUUUCAUUGCAGUUUCUGCUGAUUUUGUAGAUAAUUUUACUAGAUUGUGUUUUUUUUUUUAAUUUUCUUUUAAUUAUUGUAUUUAAUGCUAGUAAUAUUUUUCAUUUUCUUAUUCUAUAUUAAGUAUGUACUACUAUUUAAUAUGAAACAAACACACAUGUAAUGUAGUUUUUAGUUUUUUUUUUUUAUAUUUAAAGAAACCUUGUUACCUUUGUUUAGGGUAAUUUAUUUUUAUUAAUUUGCUAACAAAAUUUAAUUUGUUGUUUUAAUUUUAUUUUCUUAAGAUGAUUGGAAAAAAAUGUGUAAAAUUUGGUUGCUUAAUUAAUCUGUUAAACAGAUUGCGUUUUAAAUUAGUUUUUUUUCUUCCUUUUCUCAAAACUGAACAAAUAAAGAACAACAACUACCAUAUUU